AUGCCCCCGCGCCGGCGUGCUCCAGCGGGGGCGCGCUCCGACCUCCCGCCGCUGAAAAUCAUCCGCAAGAUCCUCUUGCUCCAGGUCGUCUACUAUGUCUGCGCCACGGUGCUGAUCCUUUUCACGACCGUGGUUUAUGGUGCGCCCUUCUCGCUGGACCUGAUUUUUGGCUGGGACUCUCUGCGAGGCGACACGACUAUUGGGUGGAUGCUGGGACUGGUCUGGAUGUUGAAUUGCUUCAUCAGCGUGAUCUUCCUCCUGCUCUUCGUGUCCCGCUCGAAACUCGUCCCCGAUUUUGCCCUGACCAUCCACUUCCUCCACCUCAUCGCCACCGUCCUCUAUACUCACUCACUGCCCACGAACCUGCUCUGGUGGGGCCUCCAGUUCGCCAGUGCCGCCCUAAUGACCUUCCUGGGCAUGUGGGCCUGCCAGUGGCGCGAACUCAAGCCCAUCGCUUUCGGCGGCCUCGGCGGAGGUAGUAGCCAAGCUGGUCCUUCUUCCCAACCAGGUACCAAUGAGCAAGACUUGGGUUUCGGCCGUGGCCGAGGCCGGGAACGCGGUCUCUACAGUGGAGGCGAGUACGAGAUGGAUGCGAUGAAGGCGACGGGCGAGCGUGCUGUAUAA